CAUUUAGUCACCUCCUUCAAGCUCCUACCCGGUGUACCAGCGCACAAGGUCGCUGGCGUGUCGGUCUGUCGCUCUGUCUCUUCUCAUCUUGGUUUUACUAUAACAGAUUGUCUUCAUUCAUCUGCUCUCUAUUGUACCAUAUAUUUGCUGCCAGAUAGCGCCCCUCUUUUUCUAUAAGAAAAUCACGCCUUGGUCACCUCAAACCGCUUGUCGCAGAGGAAGAGGCCACUCCCGUUUGUGAGAUUUGAGUGCACGUUGAGCGCAUCAUGUCGAAGGCAGCAUUGAAAGCCAUUGGCGAGCUCAUACGGCAGUCCAAGUGGGGCGAUGCCAUAGAGCAAGCUCGACAGUUUGUGCAAAAGGAACCAAAGAGUUUUCAGGGGUACAUAUUCCUGGCUUUUGCACUAGACAAGAAUCAGAAACUAGAAGAGUCUGAAGAGAGCUAUCUAGCCGCUGCUGCUUUGAAGCCAGAUGACCCUCAGCCAUGGCAGGGCUUGGUUAAGCUGUAUCAGAAACAGGGCGGCAACAAAAUAGCAGCCUACAAAGUAGCUGCCCUCGAGCUGGCACAGCGCUAUAGAGAUGUGAAUGAUAUGUACAGGUGUCAAUGCGCUAUUGAUGACUUUACCAAACAUGCCCAGGCCCAGGGAGAGGCCAGCUACGUAGAGGCCCUCGAGGUUAUCCUGCCCGACAGCCCAAUCUACCCAGCUCUUGAAGGCCGUCUGCCCCACCCUGCAAAGACAUAUGAGACGAUAGCCAGGUUCAUCGAGACGGACGAGAAGAAAAAGAUCAACACCCUGAUCGGCGAGCGACGCACAAGAAUUGGCGCUAGGGUCAGCGAGGUCACCAUUGAAGUUAAGCGGGAAGUCUGGGGGCGGAGCAGACUGGGCCCCAUUUAUCGCGAAAUUAUCAACUGGACAAAUGAUGACGACCUUCGCCGGGUUUACGAGGAAAAGCUGCUCCAACACUGCUAUGAUCGCCUGCUUGUGUUUGCACCCGGGCCUGACAAGGCAGCCGAGCUCGAGGUUGUACAGAAACUAGCCCAAGACAUGGUCAUUAUCAAGCACCCAUUCAAGCUAGCUUGGGAUAUCACGAUCGACUGGCAGGAUCACAAAGAAAUAAGGGAGUGGGAUGUUACCAUCUUGCGCGACUACUGCACCUUCUUCCCAGAUAGCGACCUUUACAAAAUAAUCACAGGGUUCUUGACGAGCGCAAUAUCUCCCUUUCCAAAGCAAGAGGAGCCAAAGACGGAACAGAAAGACGCCGAGAGUACCGAUGAUGAGAGCGAAGAUGACGAGGAUGGAGGCGCACCGACAGCGUUUAUACCCAUUACGGACGAGGAUAGAAUACUGAUGAUGACAGACGGCAUCACUUCGGCUGACUCCUUGUUCGCCUACCGCCUCAUGGGCGAACUCUACCAGCACCUGGAAGAGUACGACAGCAACGUUGACUUGAUGCGCAAAUCCCGAGAACACCUGACCAACGAGAGGCGGAAGACGGGCCUGAAAUUUCAAAACACUGAAAACUCGUUUCUGGUCUGCCUGGGUACCGCUCUUGUCUUCUUCCAGUCCCCAAGACAUCAUCAAGAGGCCAAGGCGCUCUUUGAUAGUGUUCUCGAACGGGACCCGACGGCCACCCCGGCUCUCAUUGGUGUUGGUUUAAUCUUUGAAGAAGAGGAAGAAUUUGAUGAUGCGAUUGACUUCCUUGAAAGGGCCUUGACGCGGGACCCCAGCAACCUGCGCGUCAGAACAGAGGCUGCCUGGGUCAAAGCUCAGAAAGGGGACUACUCAAGCUGCAGAGAAGAGCUGGAGAAGUGCAUUCCUCUGCUGGAAGAAGGGGGACAGCCGAUGAAGAGUCUACUAGCACAAACGCAGUACCGCCUCGGUGUUUGUAUUUGGAACAUUGAUACAUCCAAGGCAGCCCGGAAAAGCCGCAGCGGCGCAUAUGCACAGUUCUUGGCCUGUCUCAAAAAUGACCUGAACUUCGCCCCUGCCUACACAAGCCUCGGCAUCUACUACGAAGAAUGCUCAAAGGAUAAAAACCGCGCUCGCAAAUGUUUUCUGAAGGCUGUCGAGCUGUCACCGUCUGAAGUCGACGCUGCGGAAAGACUUGCGAGGUCACUCGCGGACGAGAGGGAUUGGGACGGUGUCGAAUUGGUUUCUCAACGCGUGGUCGACUCCGGCAAGGUCAGGCCCCCGCCCGGUUCUAAGAGGAAAGGGCUGAGCUGGCCAUUCGCCGCGCUCGGUGUUGCAGAACUCAACAAGCAAGAUUAUGCCAAGGCAGUAGUAUCAUUUCAGUCGGCAUUACGUAUCAGUCCAGACGAUUAUCACUCGUGGGUUGGACUCGGUGAAAGCUACUACAACUCUGGCCGCUACAUCGCAGCGACAAAGGCCACACUGAACGCCCAGCAGCUGGAAAGCACAUCAUCUGGUCCUCAGGAUGCUGAUGAUGUGUGGUUUACCAAGUUUCUGUUGGCCAAUAUCAAACGCCAGCUGAGCUCUUACGACGAGGCUAUCGCUUUGUAUAGGGAGGUCAUUGAGAAACGGCCCGGUGAGGAUGGUGUCUCGAUUGCCUUGAUGCAGACCAUGGUGGAGAGUGCCUUUUCCAGCAUAGACAAGGGCUUGUUUGGCAAGGCUGUGGAUUUGGCCAUCAGCACUAUCACGUUCGCAACUACGGCUUCUUCCGACAUAUCCGAAACUUUCAAUUUCUGGAAGGCGGUCGCUGAUUCGUGCUCGGUGUUUUCGAGCGUCCAAGGCCGGGUGGGUGAGUUUCCCGUCGAUCUCGUACGCACGCUCAUUGGCGAGGACGACGAAGCUCCUCAGUAUGAAACGUUUAAGGACGUGGAUGGCGUUGGUGUCAGAGUCAUUCAGGCAAAGGGCCUAUUCUCGGACGAUGAGAAACUGGGCGUUCAUCUUACCCAAUGCCUCCAGGCCACCAUACUUGCACACAAAGGGGCCAUUCACGCAUGUGCAAACGACGUGCAUGCACAGGCUGUUGCAUACUUCAACCUUGGCUGGGCCGAAUACCGAGCCCACAGUUGCCUCCCUGUUUCCCUGAGGACAAAGAGCAGCCGCUACUUGAAAGCAGCUGUCCGGGCGUUCAAGCGCGCAAUUGAGCUUGAAGCUGGCAAUUCGGAAUUUUGGGAGGCUUUAGGAGUUGUCACCAGCAGCAUCAACCCAUCGGUCGCUCAGCAUGCGUUUGUGCGAAGUUUGUACCUGAACGAGCGUAGCCCUUCUGCUUGGGCUAACUUGGGGACUCUAGCUCUCCUCCAGAACGACUUCCAGUUGGCGAAUGAAGCUUUUACCAAGUCGCAGUCGGCUGAUCCCGACUAUGCACAUGCUUGGGUUGGCCAGGGCUUCGUGGCACUGUUAUACGGUGACCCUCGCGAGGCUCGCGGCCUCUUUACACACGCUAUGGGUAUUACUGGAGUUUCUUCAGCGCCUGUGCGACAGCAAUAUGCCAUGUCCAUGUUUGACCACAUUGUGGCAGCUUCUCCUCAUGACAACAUUCCGAUCGGGGCCAUUCUGCAGCCUAUAUUUGCACUCAGUCAACUCCGCGCCCUGAAACCUCAGCACGAGCUCGCAGUAGGCCAUCUUCUCACACUUUUCCAUGAACGUGUUGGCCACCACGCCGAGAGCGUUGCGGUUCUUGAACCAAUGUGUGCGGCACUCGAGGCAGACUAUGAAACAACUGAAUCUGCCGAGUCGCUCCGCAAGUUCGCUCUUGCCAAGGCAGACCUCGCUCGCGCCUACCUCGCAGAUGGAUCAUACGAAAAGGCUGUGGAGUCUGGUGAGAUGGCUCUACAAUUAAGCAGCGAGGGCGACGAGUGUGAGCUUAGACCAGAAGAGCGUAACAAGGCUAGGCUGUCGGCCCACUUGGCAUUGGGGCUGGCGCAGUACUACAACGAAGCUGUUGAUGAGGCUGUCCAGUAUUUUGAAUCUGCCUUAGAGGAAUCGGGUGGGGAUGCAGAUGCCAUCUGCCUUCUAGCGCAGGUCCUUUGGGCCGUUGGAACCGAAGAGGCACAAGACAGAGCCAGAAGCUCGUUGUUCGAGGUGGUUGAAAAGCAGCCUGAUCACGUGCGUUCAGUACUCCUUCUCGGUGCCAUCGCUCUCUUAGAUGACGACGAGGAAAGCCUUGAGGCCGUGGUGGCAGAGCUACAGGCCUUGCGAGCCAGUGAUAAGGUCGGAGCCGUUGAGCAGUCUCAUGUCAGCGCUAUACUACAGGCCGUGGCAGCACUGUCAGCUGAGGGCGCGGAUAAGGUGAAGGGUCAGGCGCAGACGGACAUAAUGCUGCACCCCUAUCUACCGCAUGGCUGGCUCAACCUGUCCUCCGUCAUGGACUCUGACGGUGGCGCGUGUGCAAACGCCGCCGAGGUCGCUGUUGAGUUAGCACGCAGGGCCGUUGCACCGAGAGGCAACUUGGACGCAGGAGACCUAGCGCGUACAUAUGCGGGUGCGACGAACGCCGCGGAUGCACAGACGGCCAUCGCUGUUGCGCCAUGGGUCAAGGAUGGAUGGAAUGGUUUGGCAGACUGUUUAGCAGCGAAAUGAUGGGCAAUGAAUACCAUUUUGGCGGAGUCAUUUGAUAUGAAAAAAUAAAAGUUGCUGCGAACUGACAAACGUUCCAUAACGAAGGACUUGAUGUGUGUUUGGUGAAUGUUCUGCAAGUUCAUCAUGUAAGAAACAGCGCAGGGAAUAGGAAACGAGGGUAACCCGUAGAAAUAACAACAAUACCCCAUUUGGCCAACCGAGCCCUGAGUUUCCUUCAGAAAUAGUAUCAACGUCCAUUUUCCGAGCCAGAAGUACCUGCCGCCUCUUUUAACCUUGCAAGCCUCCCUUCCAACCAAGCCUUGUGCCAGACCUCAACCCUCCCGCCGAGG